CUUCCAGUCGCAGUCAGAAGCUGUUGCGGGAGCGCACCAUCACAGCUGCCAGGAGCAUCCAGGGUGAUGUGUGCCGCAGAGCUGCGGGGGCUGCUCCCCCCGCCCUCUUUGCUUCCCAUACAUUAGCUAUUGUCUCCUAGAGACCCUCCGGAGCACCCGCUCUGCGCUGUCCCUACCCUGUCCCUGUCCCAGUGGCAGCGGGCUCUCUCAAACGCUCUCUGGCCCCCAUAGCGCUGCGGCCAUGGGCAUCAGAGCGAUGCUGCGAGCCGCUGUGCUCCUGCUACUCAUCAGGACAUGGCUCGCAGAGGGCAACAACACCACUUCCAUCCCGGAAUACGUCUUCGAGCUCUCCCCGACCAUGCCUGCAGUCAUCCAUAACGUCUUCAAUUGCAAAAAUUGUGCAAAUGAAACUGUGGUUGGCAAGAUUUUGGACAGGGUGCUGUCAGGAUAUGAUGCCCGUCUGAGACCAUAUUUUGGAGGUGACCCUUUGCCUGUGGGAAUAUCUAUGUAUGUCUCCAAUAUUGACCACAUCUCAGAAGUAACUAUGGACUCUAAGGUCACGAUGUUUUUUCUUCAAACCUGGAAAGAUCCACGUCUAGCAUACUGUGAGACCAACUUAAACCUGACUCUAGACUAUCGUAUGGCUGACAAGUUGUGGGUUCCCGACUGCUACUUUCUAAAUAGCAAGGAUACCCCUGUGCAUGACAUGAGUGUGGAAAAUCGUAUGUUUCAGCUUCACCCAGAUGGAACGGUGCAUUAUGGCAUGCGACUCACUACCACAGCAUCUUGUUCUAUGGAUCUUCAGAAAUACCCUUUGGACAAACAGACCUGCAAGCUGGAGGUGGAGAGCUAUGGUUACACAGUUGAAGACAUCAUGUUAUACUGGGAAGGUGAUGAGAAUGCCAUCCAGGGGACUGAAAAGAUAGAGAACCCUCAGUUCACCCUCCUGGGAAAGAAAGUAACUAGAAAUGAGGAGGUUUUCUACACAGGUUCCUAUGUGCGACUUGUACUGAAAUUCAUGAUCCAGAGGAAAAUUAUCCACUACCUUGUUCAGGUCUAUUGGCCUACUAUCAUCGUCACUAUUUCCUCUUGGGUGACGUUUUGGAUGAACUAUGAAUCUUCUGUAGCCAGGAUGACAAUCGGUCUGACUUCAAUGUUCAUCCUGCACACCAUCAAUUCACACCUGCGGGAAAAACUGCCUGAAUUCUCUUGUAUCAAGGCUAUUGACAUCUAUAUGGUUGUCUGCUUCAUCUUUGUGUUCCUGUCCUUGCUGGAAUAUGUCUACAUCAACUAUCUUCUCUAUAGCCGAAGAGAAAGUAGUCGCUGUUAUAGGCUGUGCAGAAGAGCCCGAAAAAUCAUGGACCAAUAUCGCUACCAGCUGGAACCAGAGCUGCAGCCCGAUGUGUGCGAGAGAAGCCUGGAAGAGGAGAUUCUGACAGUCGAACAGAUCACAAGUGCUCCUCCCUCCCCGCAAGUGCUUAUUCAUGUAGGAUGUGAAUCUGCUGACUUUAUGUGUCUACCCACUGUUUCCUCAAAAGAUGCCCAGUUUGACAUCAAAGACGAAAGUGGCUCUCCUCUCCCUAGAUCAGUGCAGGCCCACUCAGCAAGCCCAGAAAGUCUUAUCUCUUUGACCCUCAUCUCAGACCUGGUCCCUCUGGCCACCUCAGAAAGCCUCAGCUCACUGUCUUCGCUCUCACUCCAGUCUUGGCUGGCCACUGAAGAAAGCCUGAAUGAUCUCUCCUCCACCUCUGAGCAGACACUGCACAGCUGUGACUCUCACGUUAAUGGUUUCGAGACUGAUGACAGUGUUAUUCCUACAAAAAUCUACAAUCCUGGUGAGGCCCAUUGCCAUGCUGAGACCUUCUGUUAUCCAGAAGACCCUAAAGAGAGCUACAACUUGGAUGACAACCAUGGCUAUGGCCCCAAUAGAAAGCAUCUGCUCAUCCAUAGCCAGAGGUGUGUGCCAGAAGCAAUCUGUGAGCCUGAUAACAUGCAUAGAUGCCGUGAGGAGUUCCUUCACUUGCCUGGUGACAUCAACAUUCAACAAGACUACCUUGACGUCCAGAACCAACUGCAGCAUGAUGAUGACGCUACCUGGAGCCAUGAUGAUGAUGACGACAAUUUCAUGGGUUUUGAUGAAGAUGAGGACAGUAGUUCAGAAUCUGAUGAUAGUUGCCCCCCAAGCCCUGGGUACUCCUGCAGGGAAAGGCUUUUUUCUGACAUCUUUGACCCUGACUACAUUCCUAAUAUUGAUAAGUGGUGCCGUAUCCUCUUCCCUCUUGCCUUUGUGGUGUUCAACAUUAUUUACUGGCCAUACCAUAGCUUUUAGUCCCAUACUGCCUCAGAGUAACAGGGACACUGUGUUGUGCUCCUUUCACAGUUUCUUUUGGUUCCAUUUUGCCUUCUUUCCUUUGUUCAUUUAAUUUUGGUUAUUUGGACAAUCAAAUCAGUUCUACCUUUCUCUUUAUAAAUAUGAGGUGGUGAGUAGUUGGUAAUAACGUGUUCUGGCUGGAAAGAAAGGGAUUGAGAAAAAGAGGUCAAUCCUAACUGAUUUUUCUUUUUUACUGGAAGACUGCCACCUUUUCAAAUAUUUCUAAUAUCUAAUAAAUACAGAAAAGCCCCUGAAAAUAUUUAGAGGACAGAGAGGAGCCAGCUUGAGGGAAAGAGGAAGGAGCUGAGCCAUGUGCACAAACAUUGCUAGGCACUUUUUUGUCCCCCUAAAGUGUUGAAUUUUCUUUUUCAUUACUUUUUUUCUUAUACUUUUUUUUUUUCCCCUUGUGGUUAGGAUCCUUGCUCACCUGUUGCUUAGGGUUUUAUGGGAGAAAGUCAAGCUUGAUUGGGCUAGGACGCAUAGGGGAAGAGCUAGCUAUGGCUUGGAAGUGUAGAAGACUGGUUCUAGGAAAACUGAGGACUUUUGAAAGUGCCUUUUUUGCACUAUUUUUGUUUUAUUUUGAUUAUGUUGUUGUAGCACAGGAUUGGGAAUGGAAUGUGGGUGGGUAGUUAGGGGUGCUGAGUGAGAUGUCAGGGUGAGAGAGCAUGUUUCCAGCAGGAGCUUGUGAGGUGCUGAGUAAUGUCAAGUUGGAGAUUACUCAAAUUGAACUGGCAUCUUUGGAGGGGUUGGAACUUCUCUUAUCUAUAUCUCUGCUCCAGAAUGAUUGACAAUAGGGACUUAGUACAUGUUUCUAGGUCAGAUGCUGAUUUGAACACUAGUCAUAGAACAAGUACUGGUGAAUGAAGAUUAGGGUUAGAAAAGUUCUGACCUGCUACUUCACCAUCUGAUCUAGAAUAGCAGAUGAACAACUGUUGUGAAUCUCUAUACUAAUCCUUUAUAUUUGUCCAAUGUAGUGUUAAUGAACUCACUGAACCAUCAUAUCGUCAGACCCUCACAGGAGCCCUGUGAGCCAGAGAAGGCAAAGCACAUUGUCCCAAUGUUCCGAGGGGAGAAAAUGGAGCUUGAGAACAUGCAGCCAGUAAGUGGUAAAGCCACACCACUCACUCUCCCUUCUUGUCCCCUUAACUUUUUCAACUGAGGCACUCCAUUUCCCCCCCCCCUCCACUUUACAAAAGGGGAUGCUCCAUUAGGUUCUGCUAGGCACCAGACCUCAUUCUAUAGCACCUGGAGCAUUUCUGCAGGAAGAGGCUGGUGACCAGUGUGAACACAUGGAAUAUGCCCACUCGCUUGGGCUUCUAAAGGAAGUAUAAAUUAGUUUGUGCUCCAAUGUGCCAAACAACUCCAACUCAUUUGAUUGAGGCCAUGGAGGAACAAGAUUUGCAAAGCACUCAGCAUAUAGUUCUCCUUUCUUCUUAGGCAGCCUCCCCUGCAAUCCCUCAGCCACCUCCUCUUUUAACUGUGUUUCUGUGUUUGUUUCUGUGUAUACCAGUGUGUGUGUGUGUGUGCAUCAAGGUAGUUCUAUGUGCACGUACAACUAUUUGAAAAGUUGUAUAGCUAUAUGUAUAUCAGUGUAAAUCUCUAUUGGUGUGUAUAAGAAUAUAUAUAUAUAUAUAUAUAUAUAUAUAUAUAUAUAUAUAUAUAUAUAUAUGGAUAAAUAUGUGUGUGUGUGUGUACCACUAUGAAAGAGUGUGUAAUAUUGUGAUUUAUGUAUGUAUGUGCUUGUGUGUACAUACAUGGGUAUAUUUUGUGUGUAGGUCUAAGUGCACAUGUGCAUACUUAUGCUUAUUUAUCUGACUUGAAUGGGUGUGAAAGAAAAUACACCUGAAAGCAUAUGUAUUUCUUGUUGGUGGCUCUUCUAUUGUAGAAUCAACAGAAUUUCCUUGGCCUGUUCCCACAUGAAGGGGAAGGUGUCUAUUUGGCCAGGCUGAUUAACUGCUUUCCAAUUCCUGUUUCAGGGAGUGGCUCCUCACCUUCUCCCUCCACCCAUUUGUGCUAUCUCCUGGAUAGAAGACACAGAAGUGAAUGUAGUCCUAUAGUCUUGGGGAGUGAUAAUUUAGUGCCUCGAGGCAGGAAUUGCUCAAUCAUGGGAUAAGUAGGGAGUUCAGAGCAUUUUGUUUUGUCCUGGAAGGUGCAUUGAGAACAGAAAUAUGAUAUAAAGAACUAAAGAACUAUAGAGAAGGUUGUAUAUAGCCUUGAUAACUCAUCCUUUUAUUUCAACCACCUUGUAAGCCUGACCUUGGAGUAAGCCCCAAGCAGUUUGGUGAUAUGAGGAAAUGGCCCAGGGAAUUGGCUACUAACAGCUGGAUACAGAGAACCAAAGGUACCUGGGAGAUGGCUGCAGGCAUGGACUGUGGUGGUGGGUCCAUUCAGAGGCAGGAGUGCUUUAGUAGCCUCUCUGGGAUGGACGGUUGUUGAUAAACUUCAGCCUUGGAUUUGGAACUUCUUCUUUCUAUCCCCUCCAGGGAAAAAGAUAGUGAGAGGGGUGAGAAGGCUAACCAAGAAGAGAAGUACGAAAGGUCCCAGGGACUGCCUGCCCAAAUCAACCCAUUUUGUCACCUCCCCUCUUGUUUUCUAUAGAUACAGCAUAGAAAUAUAGCCUUCUACACAUACACACCCACAGAGAUCUACACAGUCAUACACACAUGAUGCACAUGUUGGUCACUCACCCUCAGCAGUAUAUACAUAUACUAGUACACACAGAGACAUACACAAAUACACAGCCACAAACACAGUCACAAUCAUGUGUUUACACUUGUACACACACACACACACACACACACACACACACACAUCUUGUAAGACAGAUUUAAAACAAGAAAGUUGCCCCUGGAAAGUCUAAUAUUGUUUCUUUAUUUUUGGACACCCCUCACAGAGAGGUCCAGGCUGGAGAGGGAGCAAUGACCCUACAUGUGAAGCUCCCAACAUGGCUACAGAAAGACUUAAAUAUUGUUUGGUUGAUUUGGAUUUGGGUUUCCUGGAGGGCCUUUGAGCCCUAUGGGAGGCAAGCAGUUCAUUUAGGGUGAGGUCAUACUAGUGAAAGAGACUAGAUCAGUGGGGACAAAAAAUGGGAUUUAAAGUGUAUCCAGCAGCAAUGCACAGGAAAACGUCAAAGCACAGAAGAGUAGAGAGGCCAGUUGUAAAUAUCUAUAGAUCCACAUAGCUAGAUAUAAUAGUAUAUCUUAAAAAGAAUAUAUUGCCCUAAUGUGCUGCAAUGUGUUGAACUGUACUGCAACUCACACUGUGUGAGGCUAAGUGUCAAGGUGAGGUGGAGAUCUGGCAAUGGUACCUUGUGAGUUUGCCAUAGACUUGGUCAUUUUAGCUUGAAAAUUGCCAGAUCACCCCUUGUCAUGUUCAAUGUGUGUUCUGUCUUCAGCAUCAUUAUUGAGCCCCAUCCUUAGCUGUCCCCAGUGGUACAGGCACACCUUCUCCAGCUGGCUGCCUAUAUCCCCUCCUACUCCAUACCUCACACUAAGUAACUCUGGAAGUGCAGAGCAUCCAGUAGGGCACUCCUGGGGUUUGGCACAUGGAGUUUUCUCAGCCCCAACCAGAGAGUGCUUGUGGCAAUAGAUCAUUUUGAUCUUUGACAGAGGGAAAGGUGUUGCUAAGUCUGGGAUGGAGCAACCCCCACUUAAUCCUCUACCCAUUUUCCCUUUCUUUUCCUCGCAUGAGCUAUCAUGUUAACUUUCGCCUUCAAAUACCCUCUCCAUCACUACCAUGGGAAAGACAACCUCUGUCUCUUCAAAGUGUCAUUUUAUUAUGUUUAUGUGGGACAUGUUUCCUACCAAAUUCUCGCCUGUUCCAUCUGCCACUGUGGGGUGCUUUGCAGAACUAACAGAGGAGCUGUUGAGUCUUACUAGAGCUUGUCAAAUGUAUUCUUACAAUCUAUGUCAUCUUGUUAAUAGCAAUGCUGAAAAGUCUUUGUAUAUUUAGAGUUGUGUUUUGCUGAGACUGUGGUCAUUCCUUAUUCUGUACACAAAAGAGCUAACUAACCCUCUGAGCUAUUAACUAAUGAAUGCAUUUGCUAAGUUAUCCCCCAAUAUGGUACCCUAUUAUGGUGCUGAGCAUCAAAAGAAAUUGUGACUUGUCCUAAAAAGUUCAUUGUGUUCAUGCUUGCUGUAUCGUGUCCUGUGAUCAAUAUGAAAUCUUUAUUAUCAGUGUUGGGUUUUCAGGGAGGGAGGGAGGGGUGUUACAGUGUCACCCUCAAAUACUUCAAUUAUGAAAAAGCCCCAGUUUGUCUGCUGACUCAACAUGUGUAAGACUUUGCACCCACCAUCUUGUCAGAUUGUGUCCCUGGGGACAGUAGUCAUCAGCAGAACUGAAGGUGCCCAUGUGUAGUUCAACUGACCACAGUGCCAAGGAAUUGUUCAUAAGCCAGCCAAUGCAGUGUCAUUCUGGAGGAAGAUGAAGUACAGUAAAACUACACAUUUACACAUGUACUUCUUCAGGAGAAGUGCUGGGUCCAGGCGAUGAAAACCAAGAAAGGAGGAGGACUAAGAUCCAUGUGCCCUGGAUGGCCUGACCCACAAAAGGAUACAGAGCAGCAGAGGCACCACAAGAUGACAUGGUGCCCUUUGUCCUUAUUAAAUGUAAAUUCUUGCAUGAAAAAGAAUUGACCAGUUCUGAAUUUACAAAAAUGAAAUCAUAAAGAAACAAAAUUAUGCUUCUGAAAAUUAUGAUGAAAUAAAGAUUUGUAAAUAUCCAAAAGAUUAAAAUAAUAAAUAAAUAUAUAAUGGCAAAUA